AAUGAUUAACAUCUUCAUGUAUAAUAUUUUGAAGUUUUUUAUACAAUCUGUCAUGUUUCUUUCAUCUCCUUUCAAAAACCUUGUAUUUGAACUUAAUUCGGAGUGAUUUAAAGAAAGGAAGACUUAAAAGGGAGAAGAAGGAAACGCCAUGCCGAGUCACAAAAUUCAGAACAAACAAGUCCAGAAUCAGAAGUCUUCGAGAAAAAGUUUGAAAGAGGCUCUUCUGAAAUGGAUUUGCGAAAGACAUGCAACAAACAGUCCUCUGGACAGAAAAGUUUUGCGACAAAAGGCUUUACAAAUUUCCGAGUCAUUGGAACUGCCUAAUUUCAAAUGUUCCGAUCAGUGGAUGACAUCAUUUUUAAAAAAGUACGGUUUCUCCACAACAUUGACAAAUUGUACAGGUCCAUGCUUUAAAGAUUAUCGCCUCUGGGUUGACUUGAUGAGGACUGUACUCACUCAAUAUAAAUACAAAGAUCUAUUCCAUGUAGAUGAGUUAACAAUGUACUCGGGCAUUAUGCCUUUGAAUUUGAACUCAACUUCGCUCGAAAACCCUGCGCAUUCUCAGAUAAUUAAUGCGAUGAACCUAAUUUCCACCCUCUUUUGCUGCAAUGCGUCUGGAAGUGACAAGCUUCCACCUUUGAUAUCUGGUCCCCAUAAAUCCAACAUAUUCAGAGAUGACUGCAGAUACUGCUACAGUGCAAAUUCCUUGAUUAGUGACAAAGUUUUCGAGGACUGGAUUUUAUCUUUAAAUCAUAUAAUGUCUCAACAAAAUAGGAAAAUUCUUCUUUUGCUUCACAGACAGAGGAUCCAAGCGCUGCGAAAUACCGAGCUGAGUAAUAUUAAUUUGAUUUUUUUCCCAGCAGAAUUUCCUCCUCACUUAAGACCUCUUAGAAGAGAUGUUUUUCAUUCUGCAAAAAUGAAGUAUCGACUGAUAUAUGCCGAAAAUAUUAUAAAGCCUGAAUCGAAAUGGGGACUGGAAGAAGUUAUCGAUGCACUUUUAGAAUCCUGGAAUGAAGUUCCUCGGGAAUUGAUUGUUUCGAGUUUUCAGAGGACUAGUUUUAGAUCGGAUGAUAGUCUCUUGGAGAUCAGUUGUCCUAAUUGGGAGAAAUUGAGCACUGGAAUCAGCUUUAAGAGAUUCGUCACGUUCGAUGAUUAUCUUUCUGAUGUUUCUUCUUCAAUGCCAAAUGAGACGAAGCAGCUUAUGAUUAGGAAACAUAAUUACAAUCUCAGAACAAAUUUCCAGGAAGUACUUCUGAUUGAUGAAUCAGAUAAUAUAUGGAAACUGAAGGAUAAAUUAAAAGAUUUGGUUACUUUGGCUCCUGGAGAAGGGAUGGAAAGUAAGAGUACAGAGAACGUGAACUUAAAUCAAGAAAAGGAUGCGCAUGAGGAAGAGAAUUUUCCGAAUGCUUUACAUCAAGAUAAAUACAACGAAGACAGUGUUUGUUUUCAAGAGAACAUUCCAAAAAAUUUAGAAAAUAAUGCACCUACAGAUAAAGCUUCUUAUGAUGUUGGCUCUGUACCUUCGGUCUCAUUUACUCAGACUAAUAGGUAUUUUACGAAUACUCUUGUUUUGAGAGCAGGAAAAAAUCAUGAUUUAGAACAGGAAUCUCGAGACGGUAAUGGUGAUGAACUCAGUCAGAUAGAUAGAAUUGAAGAGAGAAUCGAUGGUCACCAGACACCAGAAGGCGGGGUUGACAAGCAAAUUGACGAGGAACGACUGGAUUCGUUAUCAAUGGAACAAAUAGAGCAAUUGGUGAAACUUAAUACCGAUUCCAAUCGAUCUGCAACAUCACUAGGAAAGCGAAAUAAUUUCACUCCAGAUAAGGACCAAACACCAGAGAAAGUUCAAAGGACAAAUAAUAAUUGGUCAGAGCAGUAUCGAACCAAAUAUGUUUUUGGUUCCAAUGCGCAAAAUAUGGCGGGGCCAUCAAUGCAAAAUAUUCAUCUUGAAAGUAUCAUAGAUUCACAAAAAAAGGCAGAAAAUAAUAAACCUACAGGUUCUAAAUACAUUUUUACAAAAACUGGAACCGCCAGGGACCCUCCUUGUACUUCCAAAGAAUAAGAAAUAACUAUUAUUCGAUGUACGGAUUUUUUUGUUCACCAAUAAAAUCGGUGAGUUUUAUGAUAUCGAGUA